UCCUCGGCGUCAUCGGUUCAGUCUUUCUUCGGCUACAGCCCGAAGCGAAGGAAUCCAGAGCCGUCCUUUCCCUCCGCAGCGGGCUGCGGCGCGGACGCAUCUGGCCUGCGACGGAUCGAACCGACCAAGCGGAACUCUCACUCCUCGGGGGGUAACAAACCGCAGAGAAUAAUGUGAGAAGAAAACGAAAGUACGUGUUGCAGAGAGUGACUUCUUUCACGAGAUUGGCUGAGACGAAUUAGAAGGCGGAGAGCGAGAGCGAGAAGGGGCUGGUGGGAAGCUGUUUCCUAGGUAAUGUUCGCCACCGGCGCCACCAUUGCUUCCCUCCUCCCGCGGGUGCUUCCAUUAGACGAGGAACAGGCUUCGUUUCCUUAGGCAGGCAGGCUCUGUCGCAGCUUGAAUGCUACCUGAAGCCCAGCAGAUAAAUACGUAUUACCGGCGACGGGGCUGAGCAGGAAAAGCCGCCGCCACCGCCACCGCGGACUGAAGGAACAGGAAACGAGUUCGACUGCCGCCGCCACCCGCGUUGGAGCAGUUCUGUCAUCCAGUGCAUCUUUCCAAGAAAACCAAGAGAAAAGAUGGUUUGCACAAAUAAGCUUAAGUGGCCAGAAUUACUUUGAAUGAAUUCUGAACAGAAAAGCAACAAGCAUGAUUCUGUUUCAAAAUUUAUCUCACAUGUUUGCUGCAAAGAUGAAAUGUGAAUGCACACUGAAAUCUUUCCAAGGCAGAAGUGCAAUAUGAGCUGGACUCUUUGGAUACAGUAGCUGCAUAUGGACAUAAUAUUAAGCUAGUGGCAAUGCCUGGCUGACUUUAUCAAGAUUUAAAAGGUCCAUGUGGUUAUGAUAUUUAAAUUCUAUAAUGCCUCCUGCCAUGGCAGAUAUCCUGGACAUCUGGGCAAUAGAUUCACACAUAGCAACUGAUAGCUCAAUCUCUGUGGAUUGCCUGCUUCCCACUGGAAUUUACAUCAGUCUAGAUGUUCCCCGUGAUGCCACUAUUUGUCAUAUCAAACAGCUAUUAUGGAAGCAAGCACACAGCUACCCUCUAUUCCAUCUUCUUCUGGAGAUUGAUUCCUAUAUGUUCUCCUGUGUGAACCAAACAGCAGUACGUGAGGAACUGGAAGAUGAAACCCGAAGACUCUGUGAUAUUAGACCAUUUCUUCCUGUUCUUCAGUUAAUUACAAGAAGCUGUGAUCCAGGAGAAAAGUUAGACUCUAAAAUAGGUGUCCUCAUAGGAAAAGGCCUCCAUGAAUUUGAUGCCCUACAGGACCCAGAAAUCAAAGAAUUUCGGAUUAAGAUGCGACAAAUUAGUGAAGAGAAAAUGCAGUCACUGAUGGGAUUAUCUUCAAUGAAUUGGUUAAAGCACACAUACCCACCAGAAUUAGAACCAGCAAUCCAGGACAACUUCCAGGAUAAACUUUAUGGUGGCAAUAUUGUUGUGGCUAUCCAUUACGAGAACUGUCAGGAUGUAUUUAGUUUUCAAGUGUCUCCUAAUAUUAACCCUAUUAAGUUGAAUGAAUUGGCAAUUCGGAAAUGGUUGACUAUCCAUGGAAAAGAAAAUGAAGAAGUUGAUCCUUAUGAUUAUGUUUUACAAGUUAAUGGAAGACUGGAAUAUGUUUUUGGGGAUCAUCCAUUAAUUCAAUUCCAGUAUAUCCAUUAUUGUGUAAUAAACAGAGCUCUUCCUCAGCUGACACUUAUUGAAUGCAGCACAAUUAAAGCAAUGUAUGAACAGGAAAUGAUCGCUAUAGAAGCAGCAGUAAAUCGAAAAUCAAACAAUCUUCCUCUUCCUCUACCACCCAAAAAAUCACGUUUGACUCAAAGUGUCUGGGAGAUUGGCCACCCUUUCAAAAUUUUGCUAGUAAAUGGUAGUAAAUUGAAUACAGAAGAAACUGCCAAAGUUCAUAUCAGGGCUGGCCUCUUCCAUGGUACUGAACUCCUUUGUAAACCUAUUGUAAGCUCAGAAAUAGCAGGGAGAAAUGAUCAUGUUUGGAAUGAACUCUUGGAAUUUGACAUCAAUGUUUGUGAUUUGCCGAGAAUGGCUAGAUUGUGCUUUGUGGUUUAUGCUGUUAUGGAUAAAAUGAAAAAUAAAAAAUCAGCCAAGGCACUGAAUCCAUCCAAAUACCAGACCAUGAGGAAAGCUGGGAAAGUGCAUUAUCCUGUGGCAUGGGUCAAUACUAUGGUAUUUGAUUUUAAAGGACAGUUGAAAACUGGAGACCUUCUCUUGCACAGCUGGUCAUCAUUUCCUGAUGAGCUUGAAGAAAUGUUGAAUCCAAUGGGAACGGUACAGACUAACCCAUACACUGAAAAUGCAACAACUUUGCAAAUCAGAUUUCAAGAAUAUUCAAAAUGUCCUAUUUAUUACCCCCCUUUUGAUAAGAUACUUGAAAAAGCAGCUGAGAUUGCAAGGAACAGUGAUUGUUCUGGCAUGCCAGGUCGUGGUGGCAAAAAGUUCUACAUUGAGCUAAAAGAGAUUAUGGAAAGGGACCCUUUAUCUCAGCUGUGUGAAAAUGAAAUAGAUCUCAUUUGGACAUUACGAUUUGACUGUCGUGAGAAUUUUCCACAAUCCCUGCCAAAACUGUUGCUGUCUGUGAAAUGGAACAAGCUUGAAGAUGUUGCACAACUUCAGGCUCUUCUUCAGAUAUGGUCAAAACUGCCUCCCCGAGAAGCAUUAGAAUUAUUAGAUUUCAAUUAUCCUGAUCAAUAUGUAAGAGAAUAUGCUGUGGCCUGUUUACGACAAAUGAGUGAUGAAGAACUUGCUCAGUAUCUUCUGCAGCUUGUGCAGGUCCUGAAAUACGAAGCUUUUCUUGACUGUGCUCUCUCCAGAUUCCUAUUAGAGAAAGCCCUGGCAAACAGAAGGAUAGGACAAAUGUUGUUUUGGCAUUUGAGAUCAGAAAUGCAUAUACCUGCAGUUUCUUUGCAGUUUGGUGUGAUAUUGGAAGCUUAUUGUCGAGGAAGCGUCACUCACAUGAAAGUUCUUUCCAAACAGGUUGAAGCACUGAAUAAGAUGAAGACUUUGAAUAGCUUAAUCAAGCUGAAUGCCAUGAAGCAAAGCAAAGCCAAAGGCAAGGAUACAAUGCAUACCUGUUUAAAACAAAGCGCAUACAGAGACGCUCUUUCCCAUCUCCAGUCCCCUCUGAAUCCAUCGGUCUUACUUUCAGAACUUUGUAUAGAGAAAUGUAAAUAUAUGGACUCAAAAAUGAAGCCUUUAUGGAUAGUAUACAGUAACAAAGCGUUUGGUGCUGACUUGGUGGGAAUCAUUUUUAAAAAUGGAGAUGAUCUACGACAAGACAUGUUAACUCUUCAGAUGUUACGUUUAAUGGAUUUACUUUGGAAAGAAGCUGGGCUUGACCUUCGAUUGUUGCCUUAUGGCUGUUUAGCAACUGGAGAUUAUUCUGGUUUAAUUGAGGUGGUUUCAGCUUCUGAAACAAUUGCAGACAUUCAGCUCAAUAGCAGUAAUGUUGCAGCAGCUGCUGCAUUCAACAAAGAUGCUCUGUUAAAUUGGCUUAAAGAAUACAAUACUGGAGAAGAUUUGGAUCGAGCUAUUGAAGCAUUCACUUUGUCUUGUGCUGGCUACUGUGUAGCUACUUAUGUCCUGGGCAUUGGAGACAGACACAGUGACAAUAUCAUGGUCAGGAAGAAUGGUCAGCUGUUUCAUAUAGAUUUUGGUCAUAUUCUUGGAAAUUUCAAAUCCAAAUUUGGAAUUAAAAGAGAACGAGUCCCUUUCAUCCUUACAUAUGAUUUUAUUCAUGUCAUCCAGCAGGGAAAAACUGGAAACACUGAAAAAUUUGGCCGGUUCCGCCAAUGCUGUGAAGAAGCAUACUUGAUUCUGCGAAGACAUGGCAACCUAUUUAUCACUUUAUUUGCACUGAUGCUAACAGCUGGGCUUCCAGAGCUAACCUCUGUUAAAGACAUCCAAUAUCUAAAGGACUCUCUUGCCUUAGGAAAGAAUGAUGAUGAGGCAUUAAAACAGUUUAAGCAUAAAUUUGAUGAAGCACUCAGAGAAAGUUGGACUACAAAAGUGAACUGGAUGGCACACACAGUUCGGAAGGAUUACAGAUCCUAAAUGAUGGAUGAAUUUGCACUAACCUUAGAAGUUAUCCUGACAAUAAAGCAUUAAAGGAGGAAAAAAAAAAGCUUAACUAUUUAAAAAGACACCUAAGAAAAUUACCUAAAGAUUCCUGAUUGUUUUGCACUCUGCUUUGGGAAUGCUUCAACGAGAUUUUGCAGAAUCAGUAAUCGCUUCUGCUUACUUUGCACACUGAAAGUGACUACUAAAGUUUUAUAUUGUUUUGAUACAGUGUAAAUAUUUGGGACUUUUUAUUGCUUAGACUCAAACUCUGAUUAGAUAAUUAGAGAUUUUUUUGAAGAACUGGUACUAAACUCUACCAGAGGUUUUCACAACGCCUUUAAUUUUGCUUCAAGUGAACUUUAAAUGCGUCAAUAUAUCUAUAUUUUUACUGGCAUAAACAUACAUUCUACUGUACAUAACAGCAUUCAUAAUAUUGCACAACAAAUAGCUGCUUAUUGGUUUCUACUGCUGCCAGAAAAGAGAACUCUAUAUUGUACUUAAAAAUGGGAAAAUGUAAAGAGAUUAUGCCUUUUAUUAUAAUGUUGUAUAAUAUGUUCAAUGUAAUGUUUUAAAUUUUAUUUGGAGGAAUUAUAUUUAAAAGUUUUUUCAGCUGUUGGAAAAUUCUACAAAAUUUACUCCUGAACCUCUUUUUAAAAAAUAGCAUCUGAAAUGUUGGAUAAUGUCAAUAAAAAGGAGUUAGCCUUUCAGUUUUCCAGUAAUAUCUGGAACAGAUAGAUUGUCCACUCCCAUGUAAUAUAUGUAAGUGUAAAAACAUGAAUAAAUAUAAAACAAAAUUUCCUUACAAGGUUUAUAUAUCUCUCCCAAAAUCUGUGUUUGUUAAAACCUAGAGUUUAAAAAAAAAUAUCCAUUUUUAAAAGGAAUGUCAAAAUGAAGACAAAUCUACCCUAGGCUAUAUUUAGUGACAAAACAUUAAAAAGGAAAAACAGAUGAAUUCAAACAUAAAAAUAUAUAUGAAUGAUUCUGAUUCUUUUGCACCUUGCUUUGGAAUGCUUCAGCAAGUUUUUGUAAAAUUAGUAUUCUAAUUAUGAUUAGAAUUCUGAUUAUAAUUAUUAUAAUUAUCUGAUUCUGCAUGUUGUAAUACUCUUUGUGAUAAAAGUAUUUUCCCAGGAUGUUUGUAUUCAGCCUUAAAAUGACUGUGAUUGAAAAACUGGACAUACUUUAAUUUAUGAAACGAGGUACCAUGUUUUAAGGCAGCAGGCCCUAACUCUCGGCUAGCUCAGCCACAGUUGUGUUAGAUGCUGUGAGAAGAAACAAGCCAAAUUGGUUUUCCACCCGUGACUUGGUUUAUUGGGUCUGCCACAAACUGAGUCUCAGUAAUAGUUGAGGUCUCUCUGUACAAUGUCGGCACUGAGAGCUUCUGCCUCUCAGCCCCUUUUUAAACAUCCCGCACUGCUCACACCCCGCCCCAUGGCUGAACUGCUUAGUUGAUUGGAUGCCCGGCCGCUCUCUCCCUCCUUGUCUGACAGCCUCAGCUGCCACGUCAUCUGCCACAUCCCAGAACUAAAGCAGCUUUUUGUGACACCCAAGCCUCAUCUCCCGCUAUCCUGGCCGCCAGUGUGAUGAUCCCCUCCCCAUGCUUCCCAAAUGCAGAUCCCUGCACCACUCGAACGAGUCCUCAAUAAUUCGUCUUUUCGGAUCUUUGAUUAGGGGUUUCUCCCAUGAUCCAGAUCCCUGUAGCAUCAUGUGUUGAGCCAGAGCUGGGCUCAACACUAACCUUUUGGGCACCAGGGACCAGUGCUGUAGAAAGAAAUUUUUCCGCAGACCACAGGGGGCAUGGUUUUGCGUGCUGCCUACAUCCUGUGGAUGAGACUUCACUUGCUUGCACUUCCCAGUUUCUGCCAUGCCACGGACCGGUGCCAGUCCAUGGACCGUAGGUUGGGGACCCGUGCUUUAAGGUGCUUAAAGGAAGCGUUCAAAUUAAAAGUGCAAUAGAAUUUUUUUGGUUUAAAGAUGUAACAUGAAAUAUUUUGAAAAAAAUGUCAAAAUGUAUCUGUAACAGGCUCUUGCUUGCCAAAGAACCUAGUAGCUGUUAAUUUCUGUCGUGAGUGAGUGAACAUAUAAUCAAAACAGUGAUUUUAAAUAGAAUAGCAUAAAGACUUAUAUUUUGUCAAAACUUCUGUUUCUCUAAACAAUGUUGUGAAUAAUGAAUGUAGUUCUUGUUUAAAAUCUUGUUAAAAUAUUAACGGUCAAGUACUGAUAAUACAUGUGUGUAGCUAAAUUACAAAAUAUAUUGUAAUAACAAGCUUUCAUUAUGAAGUAAUUGUUACAGAAGUUCCCCAUUCAUUUUCAUUAUUGAAAGGUCAGUUUUUUUAGUUUUCAUUUUCAAUUCACUGCUUUAAAUGAUCUUAUUUCUAUUAAUUUUAAAUGCAUAUUUUGCUACUUAUGACUAUGGAAUGUUUUAAAUCAUAUGAACUUUUAAUAUAUUAUACUAGUGUUUUCCAUCUAUUUCAUCCCUAUCCCAAGCUUUGUGCCUGCUGAAUUUCAGACACAGAUAAAUAUUGCCUUAGGUAUUCUGGUGUGAAAUGUUUAAGGCUUAGUUAUGCAAAAAAAAAAAAAAAAUCAGACUACCAAAGUUAGCUCAGACAAAGUCCCCUAUUCUGUAUAAUUCAUUUAAUUCCUGUCAAUUACCUUCCUCCCCUUAACUCAUACAGCCCACUGCUAUGUAUGUUUUUCCAGCAGAAACAGAAAUAAUGCAAGUGAAAACAAUGAAUAAUGAAUUUUUCAUUUGGAAUUCAUCCAAUGAAUUUAUGUGGUUUUGUAAUUAAAAUGAAUGAGAUGUAUUCAUUCUUUUAGAUUAUUAAAAUGAAUGCACAUCUGCAUGACUAGCAACUCUG